GCAGGCUUCGUAUAAACUAUUAUAAAAAAAAAACAAAAAUUGAAAAGCACAUUUCAUUUUUUGAUAGUUUGAAAACAAAUCGCAUUACAAGUUAAAACUACCAAUAUCAAUUAACAAUUUAAAGAAAAUGCCAAACUUUAACGGUGCCAUCAUAAUGCAUACGCUGCAAAUGAUCAAGACUCCAGCAACAUUGAGGGAAAUUGUCGUGGCAAUUGCGAAAAAUACAGAUUUGCCGGAGGAGGAUCUAAUGAAGCCAGUGAAGCAAACACUCGACGUGGGCAAUCGCAUGGGAUUUCUGCAGAAACUCAAUGGCCGAUACUUUAUGGUAUCAAUGACCUUUGAUACACUCCUAGAUGAAAUCAAAUCCCUCAACGAAACAAAUAAAUUUGAUUUUAAGCUCGACUUGAAGCCAAAAACCGAGAAGAGAACCAUCAAGAAGUCACUGAAACAGCUCGAUGCCAGCAAAAAGAGCAUUUUGCAAAAGACGCAGUUAGAUAAUGAAGCCACCUCGACCACCACAUUGAUACCACCGCAAUUGCUCAAGGCCGAAGCCCUAUUGCGUCGCAAACCGAAGCGUGCAAAUCUGCCAAUUAAAUAGCUAAAAAGGCUAAAAGGUAGAUUGGUUUUACAAUAUGACCAAAAAGUUGGCUGGCAAUUUUAGAGAGACACUCAAGAAAUCGAAAAUUUACUGUUUGCU